GAUCAAACUCAUGGACUGACCGUGCUUUUCUUUAGCUUUCGAAUCCUUUAUAACUUUUAUCUGGUAGAUUUUUCCUCUCUGUCAGUAUUUUUCGAGAAUUCUUAAUUUGCCACUCUACUGUUUUUACAAGGAUAAACUAGACGAGCUUGCACUGUAAAAGAAUUGGGCAGAUAACAAAUACGUUUAGACAUUUAUUAUCAUCGAUAAGAAUGUAUUUCAUAUACAAAACCAAACAGUACAGCGAUCAUCAUAAAGGACCCAUAAGCCUUGCUCAAUACAACCAGCCGCCGAGACAAUUUUUUAGCCUACCAAGGCCAGAGUUUAUGCCCAGCCUACUUGUCCGUACAUCCGACAUGCAGGUAGUACAAGGCUCGAUGGUCCAUGAAGGUUACUGCGCCUUGUCUUAUUCGUGGAGCUGGUCUGGGGAUCUCAUCCAAGACAAAACGUCAGGAAUAACCAAACGAGUCGACCGAGGCAAACACAAAAUUGUCUUUCCUGCCAGAUCCAUACGACAACAUCCGCGAGGACGGAAACGCAUUCCAGCCAAAAGCAAACACGUUCAGUUCGAAGGCAUUAUCCAGCAAAUAUGCAAGGAUUUCAAUAUCAAGUAUAUUUGGUACGACCAAAUGUGUAUCAAUCAAGAUGAUAAGGAGGAAAAGUAUCGGGAGAUACACCGGAUGCAUCAGAUUUACACCAAUGCUUAUUGCACCGUGGCGCUGGUGCCUGAAUUCCAUGCGGAUGACGGCGGCAUGGGCAGGGAUUUUGUUUUUCCGAAAUUUGCUUCAAUAACGCAAUCCGAAUGGUACAAACGACUUUGGACGUUGGAAGAGGCGUUCAUGUCUCAGCGAUUGCUUUUUGUCGGACGAAAUGUACAUAGCUGGUGGUAUAGCGCAGCAAAUGUUCAAGAGCUAUCUAGCAUGUGCAACAGUUCUGGCGAAGCACGACAAUGGAACGUUAGCACGAUUUUACACUAUGCCCAUAAGCGAGCGAGCAGUAACGAAUACGACCGUGUAUUUGCGCUUGCUAAUCUAUUUCCAGACAUCAUGGACGAAAUCACUAUCAGUUACGACCAGCCCUUGGAGCUUUUACUACUCCAGUUUUACUGCCUUUUGGCGAAAAAAGAUAUCUCCAUUUUGUUCUUUGGGGCGAAUGAAAACGGACCAGGCGAUAGUACGGCGUCAUUCCGAAAAUUGAAGGAGCUUUUGCCAUCGUGGACAGGCAUAGACGUAAACUACCACCGAGGGAUCCCGGUAACUGGGAACAAAGCACAUUGUUCCUUACAGUAGAACUACCUGGCUUGAACAUCACAAAGAACUUGAUGCUUGGACAGAUUCCAAUAGAGGAGGACUUUUGUCCAGAAAUGAUGCCAGGAGAGUACGUUUACAGCGACCUGGAUGAGCUCGCUCACGAUCUUCAGCUACUAUCACAUUUCUUUUCGAUCAAACAAGAAAACCUGCUUUGGAGCCACCGGUCUACAUUCUACCAUAAUGGCGAUGGUUAUACGAAAAUCUUUUUCGAUGUUACGGAGCCAUUUGAUCCUUUGUCAAAUUAUGUGCUGCUUUCUGGGAUUCAGUAUGGUCGGUCACCACGUUGCCCUAUCGUAAAACAACUGGACAAUGGCCACUACAAGGCAAUUGGAAACUGCCAUAUAACCAACACGUCCUAUUUCUUUUCUGACUAUUUCGCUCCCGACCAACAGUUUGUCAUUGAAUAAAAGAAUCUACAGUUAUAAAACAAUACAAAUUUAGGAACCUACUAUGUAUUGAUCCCUG